CAUCAGUGCCUCUGUUUCUCAAGGACGACAAUGGCAAAGAAUCUAUGCUCAGUCCUACUGUCUCUUCUAUUAUUCGUUUCUGUGUGCGCAGAAAACAGUAAGGUUGCAAGAGUAAAUCUUGCAUCAUUCACCUGGAAAGAUGCAGAGAAUAACAAGAACUGCUCUGCGGGUGAAUUGGAAACAUCAAGUUUGAGCGUCAUGCACAUUCAGGGCAAGUGUUCUCCUUUCCGCCUCCCCAAUUCAUCAUGGUGGAAGGCGAUAUCCGAGUCAAUCAAAGGCGACACUCAGCACUACAGAGCAAUGGUGAAAGGGGGAUGGAGCGCCGGCAAGACUAUGUUUAAUCCCCAAGAGGAUGCGGACCUCCCGUUGGCCUCGGGACAGGCCAUCAACACGAGAAACUACAUUAUCAAGCUGGGUUUCGGUACGCCUGUGCAGAGCUUCUACACUGUCCUCGAUACCGGCAGCUACAUCACCUAGAUUCCCUGCAACCCCUGCUCUGGUUGCUCAAGUGGGCUCCAAUUGUUUGAGCCAGGCAAGUCGUCUACCUAUAACUAUCUCACCUGCGCUUCACAGCAGUGUCAGUCUCUGCCCGUUUGUACGAACAAUAAUGAUAAUACUGUCAACUGUACCCGUACUCAGGGCUACGUCGACGGAUCGAAGCUGCAGGAGCUCUUGUCGUCUGAGACGCUCUCUGUGGGCUCUCAGCCGGUGGAGAAUUUUGUCUUCGGAUGUGCGAAUGCGGUGAGCGGACUCAUCCAGAGCUUAUCGUCUCCCGGUUUGGUUGGGUUUGGGAAGGAUCCUCUCUCCUUCGUUUCUCAAACGGCCACGUUAUAUGACAGUACGUUUUCUUAUUGCCUUCCCUCACUCUUCUCCUCUGCUUUCACGGGGUCUCUCAAGCUGGGGAAAGGGGCUCUUUCUGCGCCAGGCUUGAAGUUCACUCCCCUCUUGUCCAACGCGGUGAACCCUUACUUCUAUUAUGUGGGGUUAAACGGAAUCUCUGUGGGAGAAGAGCUUGUUUCCAUCCCACCGGGGACAUUGAGCUUGGAUGAGUCGACGGGAAGAGGGACCAUCAUAGACUCGGGAACAGUUAUCACUCAGCUGGUGGAGCCCGCAUACAAUGCCAUGCGAGAUUCUUUCCGCCGUCAACUCUCUAAUCUAACUAUGGCUAGUUCCACAGAGCCUUUUGAUACGUGCUACAACAAACCGUCCAGCGAGCUGGUUUUUCCUCACAUCACGUUGCAUUUUGACGAUGGCCUGGACUUGAUUCUGCCGGUGGAAAGCACCUUAUACCCCGCGGAUGAGGAGGGCUCCGUUUUAUGCCUUGCUUUUGCUCUUCCUCCGGGCGGGGCGGACGAUGUAUUGUCAAUAUUUGGGAACUAUCAGCAACAGAAAUUGCGAAUCGUGCAUGAUAUCGCAGGGUCUAGGCUUGGAAUUGCUAGCGAGAACUGCGACGGUUAGUAGCUUGUUUGCUGAGUAUUGUUUAUUCACUUUACCUAACAUCUACGCUGCUUCCUCCCUCUAUAACUAAACAUCAAAUUAACCAACAGGUGCAUUUGAUGGGUUUGGUAGGUAAAAUUAUACUAGCUAUUAUUUGUAAUGUGUGGGGUGUGGUGUGUUUCGAAUAUAACUUUAAGAAUGUUUGAAGGUAUUUAAAAAUUGUAGUCUAUUGGAUAAGAAUUGAU